AUGUCGAGUUCUGUCAAAGAAUCCAAGAAACGCAGAUUAGACGAUGGGGAUGAGCAGAAUCAAGGUAAAACUAAGCGACAGUUGAUUCAAAAUACACUGCAGUAUUUCUUCAGCAAGACAACGGUAAAGACCACGGCGCAACAGGACAGCAGCGACAACACAGUUGCCAAUGUGCUCAAAGAAGCCGAAAAGAUUGAAUCAACUACAUGUCCAAUUUGCGGCACCACAUUUGAGAAUGUCUUUAUCACACAAUACGAGUCUCAUGUCAACUCAUGUCUGGAUACAGCGGAUGCCUCUCCUAAUGACGAUGCCGAGCAGCAAGUAGAGUCAAAACCAAAGCCAAAUCAAGAAGCUGCUAGUAUAUCCUGGAGCAAGAUAUUCACAGCAGCCACAUUCAAGAUUCGUGGUAUCUGGAGCCAUCACAAGAACGACACUGCGCCUGGUUUGAACGAGAGCGAAACAAGCUGGUUUGGUGAACCAAAGUAUUCAUCUACUACAACAACAACCUCACCAGGACGUCGCCGAGUGCCUUAUUACAAGAGAUUAGCAGGGACAAAAAUGGUGGUCGAUGCGUUUACAUUUGGCGAGAUUCCUGACUGUGAAGGCUAUCUGUUAUCACACUUUCACAGCGACCAUUAUAUGGGGCUCUCGCCCAACUGGAUCCAUGGGCCCAUCUACUGCUCUGAAAUCACAGCUAGACUCGUGGAGCAGAAGCUAGGCGUGGCUUCUGAUUUCAUAUUCCCCUUGCCAAUGAACACGCCUUGUACACUCUCAGGUACAGAUCAACUUACUGUAACACUGAUUGAUGCCAACCACUGUCCAGGCGCUGUCCUCUUUCUCAUCACCACCAAAGACAACUUGAGGUAUUUACACACUGGCGAUUUUCGAGCUUGUCCCAAAAUGUGUCUCCAUCCCAUGCUGAAGGAACAGCCGCUUGACAUUGUGUAUCUGGACACCACUUAUCUUGAUCCCAAGUACUCAUUUCCGUCACAGGACUCGUGUAUACAGACAGCAUGUGAGUUGGUUAAACGUCAUAAUGGUGUUAUCGACAAUGAAGAUCUGUCGUCGAAUGGAAAGCGGAUUGAUCAUUGGUUUACACAAGAGAAAAAGCAGAUCAUCAGUGAUCAUUCAUCACAACAAACGGAUGACAGUAAUGACAAAAAGCAUCGAUUAUUGGUGGUGGUUGGCACCUAUUCAUUGGGAAAAGAAAAUAUUUUUAUAGAAAUUGCAAAGACGUUGGGCAGCAAGAUAUUUGUGACAGAUCAGAAAAGAGCCAUUCUGGAAACAUUUCGUGACCAGGAACUGAACGCAUUACUAACAGAUCAGUGCAAAGAGGCGCAAGUGCAUGUCAUUCCAUUGGGCCACAUUCGAGCAGAGAACCUCGAGGCCUAUUUUCAUAGCUUGCAGCCGUAUUUCACUCAAAUGAUUGCAUUUAAACCUACAGGUUGGACUUUCCGUGCAUCAUCUGAUCCGCAAAUGCAGCAACAGCAAAAGUCACUUGAGUCUAUAAUCAGGGCAAGGCCACCUGAUCUCAGUGCCUCUACGCUAAAGCCAAUUUAUGAUACCCCAUUAGUAAAAAUCUUUGGUGUGCCCUAUUCAGAACACUCAAGCUUCAGGGAAUUGGCAUCGUUCAUUGCUAGUCUGGAUAUCCGUCGUAUUGUGCCUACAGUGAACGUAUACAGCGAAAAGAGCCGACUCAAGAUGAGCUUAUUGUUUGAAAAAUGGCAUCAAGACAAGAUCAAGUUGAUUCAGGAUAAUGGUGGUAAGAUCAAGGUGGUUGACUACCCAUCCGCUGAUCAUUGGUAG